AUGGUGGAGCUAUGGCGUCCCGAAACCCAUAUGUUCCACCUUUCGGAGGGGGAAAUGACGAUCACCCUCAAAGACGUCGCGAUCCUCACCGGGCUGCCGAUUUCUGGAGAGGCCAUCAUUGGUUCCACUACCAAACCCGAAGGAGGUUGGGGCCCGCUCAUUCGUGAUCGUUUGGGCUUUGACAUGCCGACUAACACACCAAUUCAAGGACGGGGGCAUGCCGAUCACCCUCAACACGAAAAAGUUGGGAAAAUCAACUACGAGCCGUUUGCGUACCUAAAACUAAAACAAACGUAUCUUAUUCGUUUGAGGUCGAAAUAA